AUGACUGAUCAGGAAAGGCAACACUUUGCCGCCCGCAGCAAAAGUCAUCAUCUGCGACAUCGACGCGGGAAACGCGAGGCCCGUCGCACAGCGAGUCGGGAAGAUCUCGUCACAGCCUCGCGAGAAAUUAGCGGAUCUGAUUCGAGGACUCCUCAGCGCACGCAUGAUCCGCGCUCCAAAGUCACCGUGGACCUCUCCUAUCGUAGUCAUCGUGAAGACGAACGGGCCGACAUCAAACUCUGCGUUGGCUAUCGACUGGUCAACGAGUUGACCCAGUUGAUGGUAUAUCCGAUGCCAUUGGUCACGGAUCUCUGGGAAGACCUGAAUAAGUACCGGUGGUACUGUUCUUUGGACAUGGCCAGCGGAUUCUGGGUGGUCCCCAUGACGGCCUGGGUCCGUCUAAUCUCCGCUUUCGUUACACCGUCCGGACUGUUCCAGUGGCUAAGCAUGUCGUUCGGUCUGUGCAAUUCGCCGCAGAUAUAUAGCAAUGACAACACGUUGUAUGGCUUCUGGAAGCUGUCUCCGACGAGGAAUACCAGCGACGAUUUCAAACACGGGAUCCCGUCUAAGCCUGGAACGAGGUUCGUCUUAAGUCGACGGUCGUACAUUGAUGAUAUCUUGAUCGGGGGUACGUCGUGGGACGACCUGUUCAAGAAGGUGGAACUUUUCCUUGAAGUCUGUGAGGAAUGGCAUUUAUCGAUCAGCGUGGAGAAAAGUGAAUGGGGAAUGGCGAGAUGUCGAAGACGGACUCGGGGCGAAGCCGAAGAACUUAGAGACCCUCGCGACGCUGGAAUUCCCGCAAGGGUCUACAGUCGUUAUUGGGUACUACCAUCGUUUCAUCCCGGACUUCGCGAUCUACGCGACCGCGCUCUAUUACCUCACCUCACCGCACCCGACUUUGAAGAACGGAUCGCGAAUCCUGAGACGCGCGAUCUGGAAAAGUGGACUCACGCGGAACGAGCAUUUGAUACGCUCCGUAGUAAGAUCGAGACGACACUCAUGUUGAAACACUUCGACAUGGAUAAACAGCCGGUGAUAAUCGUGUACGCGAGUGACUGGGCCGUGUCGGCCGUCCUUGCCCAAGAUCACGACGGGGUAUAUCUGCCCGUCAAGUUGACCAGUCGGAUGUUGAAGCCCAAUGUGUUGAACUCCAGCAUCGCCGAGAAGGAAAUCCUAGCGCUGCUACGCGUCCUGGACGAGUGUCAUAACAUGCUGACAGGGAGGACGAUUCGCGUCCUAACCCGACACACGAUGCUCGGAUGGCUCUUCUGCUCUAAAGGUCGUCAAAGACGACUCUCGCAAUGGGCUGCAAUCCUCUCGCCGUGGAGGCUGGCGAUUCUCCGGUCCGCAAAGGGGGAGGAAGAGAUCCUGUGCGCGUUGGCCGUGAGCAUUACGCCGAGGGUCUACGUCGACUCCACGCUAGAAGAGAUCGCGCCGCGACAACGCCUGUCUAGGACGGCCCCGAUCCCGGUUCCGAAGAUCGGACUGGCCGAAAGUCUGCAUGUGAUAUGUUUCGACGGAUCCGCCCGCGUCAAACGCGGGGAGGAGCAUUCAGUGCCAUCGUGUGGAAACUACCGACCUGUGACAUGGUUCGGGCUGCAUCGGGAAAGUCGCACCGUGAACGAGGCCGAAUACCGGUGUAUGCUGCUCGGGGUACCGCUGCUACAUGACCUCGAUGUCACGCGAAUGGUCAUAUGUGGGGACUCCAACCUCGUAAACGCGUUACGGGAAUGGCCCAGACACAAGUUCCUCCACGUCCGACGAGACUGGAACACGAGCGCGGACAUGUUGGCCGGACAGGCACCUCAGCAUCAAGGAGAUAAUAUUACCUAUAGCGCAGAAGGGUUGGAAGAUCUGAGAACCUUGAACCGGCUGGGAGAGGUUGUGUGUCUAACGACGCACGAUCCGGAACGCGGCAACCACGCCUCAAGAGCUGAGACGCACGACCCAGAUGUCCCCGUCCUGGAGAUCGAGACGCGCGAUCUAGAUGGCGUAGAACGCGGGACGAGAAAAACUUUCCCCAAUCCGAGGGAACGAUCGGAGAUCUUGAAAGAGCUCGAGGUUCAACGACUCCGUCUGGAUCGAGUCUGCACUGCGCAAAAAGUAGGGUCUUGGAUCGCCAAUCUCAUGAAGUUUCUAGACGGGGACAUCAACGUGCUGUCGAAACGCGAAGCGAAGAACUGCGCCAAGAUAGCGGAGCAGUACGAAGUGGUGGAGAGCGGUUUACCGUACUACCACGUACGUGGGAGCGAGGCCGCAGAAAAGCGGGAUACGAUCAUGAAACUGGUCGGUCCAGAGACCCUCAGAGAAGACGUGUUGCACCAUUACCAAGCAAGUCUGGAAGGCGGACAUCAGGGCAUCGGUUGGACAUAUCAACGGGUACGACAACACUUCCACCGGCCAGGGUUGUUCAAGAGCGUACAACACCACGUCGGAGAAUGCGUCGACUGUGAGACGGGGAAAGGCCGUCCCACGAUUCGAGGAGAGUCGCCAGGCAAUAUAGUCGUGACGUACCCGUUCCAAGUCGUGGUCGACCUCUUCACGGGUUUCGUGAUCGCGAAGGCGAGUGCGUCUCGAACGGCUGAAACUGUCGCGGAUUCGUAUGAGGAAGCUGGCUUCAGACGAUUCGGUGCCAGCGAAGCGAUCCGUCACUACCGCGAACCCGGCUUCAUGUCAGACUUUUUCAAGGUUUUCAACAAGCUGAUGGGACAGCGGGAACACGCGACGCUCGCGUACCGUCCGCAAGCAAACGGGGCGGCACAACGCAUCGUGCAGACCAUUACGAGAUCUACAAGAUGUACAUUGGCGAUAGCGACCAACGCAACUGGGACCAAUACGCAGAACGACUGA